GUUAUAUUUACCUUUGCGCAUAUUGGCGCCAAAGGGCGCGUACAUCUACUGCAGAUGGUCUUUGUAAUGCCACAAUAAUUCAAGAAUAAGCAUUUUUUCGCAAUAUUUGUGUACAUGUGACAUGUUACUUCGACUUGUCUGCCUUUUCUAAUCCGAACUAAUAAUGAGUUUGGAAUGAAAGGUUAAUUUUCCGUCACCAAGGUGUAUUCCUUUUUUCAAUAGUCAAUUUCUCGUGUGAAAACAAAGAUGCCUCCACCAGGGGUACCGCGGAACACUGGCCGAUACAUAGCCGACCGUCGCGGAGAAAACAGUACAUUUGAUAAAGGGGAUAAUUCAGAGCGUCGACUCGAAACCGCACUAUUCAAUGACCAAAUCGAUGCACGCUACGGCUUCGAAAGAUAUUCGGAACUAACUGAGCGCAUCGGGUGGAUGGUAAAUUUACAGCAGGCGGAGAUACUGGAUGAAGACAAGCGGCUCAUCGCCGCCCUAGAUUGUUAUUUUUUAGAAGAAAGUGGUUUUCGAUUCAAAGUCUCCGUACCGUUCAAGCCCUAUAUGUACGUUUUGGCUAGGCAGGGCACAGAGCAAGAGGUUACCUCCUAUCUUGGUCGGAAGUUCCAGGGGCAACUGUCGGGGUGUGAACUUGUUAUGAAAGAAGAUCUCGAUCUACUUAAUCAUUUGACUGGGCUUCAGCAGACAUAUAUUAAGUGUUCGUUUGCACACACUUCUGACCUCCAGAAGGUUAGACGUGAUUUGAUGCCGAUAGUUAAGAAAAACAAGCUCGAUAACGUUGCGACUGCAACGGUAGCUCCCACUGAACCUACCCAGAAUAUUCUGGACAUCCGAGAGCACGAUGUUCCGUAUCAUGUUCGCGCCAGUAUAGACCUCAAAUUAUUCGUUGGUCUUUGGUACUCGAUCCGUAUGCAAGGCGGUACAACUCCAAUUAUAUCGAAAAGAGAGGAUUUGCUUACAACACCAGACGUGUGUGUUUUGGCUUAUGAUAUAGAAACGUCAAAGUUGCCGCUCAAGUUUCCCGACGCUACCAGCGAUCCGAUUAUGAUGAUUUCAUACAUGAUCGACGCACAGGGCUUUCUGAUCACUAAUCGUGAAAUCGUCGCGGAAGAUGUAGAGGACUUCGAGUACACACCGAAGCCCGAAUUCGAAGGUCAAUUUACAACCUUCAAUGAAGCUAAUGAAGCCGCACUACUGAAUAAGUUCUUCGAACAUAUUCUCGAUGUACGACCACUUAUAAUCGUUACCUAUAAUGGAGACUCUUUCGAUUGGAUGUAUGUUGAAGAGCGUGCGAAAGUUCAUGGCAUUGACAUGGGCAAGUUUAUUGGCUGGAGUAAAGGUCGUGAAGGUUUUUAUCUCAGCAGGCCAUGUGUUCAUAUGGAUUGUUUCCACUGGGUGAAACGAGAUUCGUAUUUACCCGUUGGCAGUCAUAACCUGAAGGCCGUAGCUAAAGCUAAACUACGUUACGACCCUGUCGAAUUAGAUCCUGAAUUGAUGGUGCAGAUGGCCCAGGAAAACCCACAAGUUCUGGCCAACUAUUCAGUAUCUGAUGCGGUUGCCACGUACUAUCUUUACAUGAAAUACGUGCAUCCGUUUAUCUUUGCUCUUUGCACAAUAAUUCCUACGCAACCAGACGAAGUCCUACGAAAGGGUUCUGGCACUUUGUGUGAGUCCCUCCUUAUGGUUAAAGCAUUUGAAGCAAAUAUCGUGUAUCCUAACAAACAGGAGAGUGUCCUGAAUAAACUUUCCGAAGAUGGGCAUGUGCUCGAUCAAGAGACGUACGUCGGCGGACACGUCGAGGCCUUAGAGUCGGGCGUAUUUCGUGCAGACAUCCCGUGUAGAUUCAGGCUGGUUCCGCAGGCUUGCCAACAACUUAUAGACGAGGUGGAAGAAACAAUGAAACGAGCAAUUGUAGUCGAAGAAGGCAUACCAUUUGACACUGUCACGAAUUUCAAGGUAGUAUGCGAUGAGAUUAAAGGCGCUUUAACUGGUCUGCGCGACUGCCCGAAUCGAUUGGAAAAGCCGAUAAUAUACCAUCUUGACGUUGGUGCUAUGUAUCCAAAUAUUAUCCUCACAAAUCGUCUUCAACCGUCGGCGAUGGUAGAUGAGACCACAUGUGCUGCAUGUGACUAUAACAGGCCUGGGGAAAAAUGUCAGCGCACGAUGGAGUGGACAUGGCGCGGCGAAAUGAUGCCCGCAACUCGUGCCGAGUUCCAACGUAUACAACAGCAGUUGGAGACCGAAACCUUCUUAUCACCUAGUAACCCUAAAAAACGGGUGCCCUUCCACGAACUUCCGGAUGAAGAUCGUGCCGCUAUUGAGAAGAAACGCUUACAAGAUUAUUGCAGACGCGCAUAUUCCAAGAUUCAUGUCACCAAAACACAGCUUAGGAACACAACGAUCUGCCAGCGAGAAAACUCGUUUUAUGUUGAUACGGUCAGGCAGUUCCGCGAUAGGCGGUAUGAAUUUAAAGGGCUACUCAAAAAGGCCAAAGGGAAAGUGGCGGAUGCCGUAAAAACGGGUGACGCAGCUGAAAUUAAGACAGCAAAAAACUUGGAAGUGUUAUAUGACUCUCUUCAGCUAGCCCACAAGUGCAUCUUGAACUCAUUCUAUGGUUACGUCAUGAGGAAGGGAGCCAGGUGGUAUUCUAUGGAGAUGGCUGGCAUUGUUUGCCAUACUGGUGCGGAUAUUAUUAUGAAAGCUCGAGAGCUUAUUGAACAGAUAGGCCGACCACUAGAGCUAGAUACAGACGGUAUCUGGUGCGUUCUUCCAGCAUCCUUCCCUGAAAAUUUUGAAGUGUUGUCGACGCAUGAAAAAAAGAAAAAAGUGGUUAUUUCAUAUCCCGGUGCCGUCCUCAACAUUAUGGUGCAGAAAAAUAACACAAAUGACCAAUAUUAUGAACUUGUCGAUCGCGAAAAGCGCACCUAUAAAAUUCGUGAGGAAAACUCUAUCUUCUUUGAGGUGGAUGGCCCAUACCUUGCUAUGGUGCUUCCAGCCAGUAAAGAAGAAGGCAAGAAGCUUAAGAAGCGUUACGCUGUAUUCAACUUUGAUGGAAGUUUAGCUGAACUGAAAGGGUUUGAGGUGAAACGCCGAGGUGAAUUGCAACUUAUCAAGAUUUUCCAGUCGUCCGUGUUUGAAGCUUUCCUUAAAGGCGAGUCAUUGGAAGAGUGCUACGCCUCUGUAGCAAAAAUCGCGGACUACUGGUUGGACGUCCUUUACUCCCGAGCCUCGACUAUGCCAGACGAAGAACUGUUUGAGCUUAUAUCUGAAAACCGUUCAAUGAGUAAGAAGCUCGAGGACUACGGCUCGCAAAAGAGCACAUCGAUUUCAACUGCUCGUCGAUUAGCUGAAUUCCUUGGCGAUCAAAUGGUGAAAGACGCGGGCUUAUCUUGCUGUUAUGUUAUCGCGAAAAAGCCAGAAGGAGCUCCGGUAACCGAGCGGGCUAUUCCGCUAGCUAUAUUUCAGGCUGAGCCCGCGGUGCGACGUCGCUUUCUUCGCAAGUGGCUCAAGUGUUAUGGCGAGGAUGAGUUGGAUAUUCGGAGUAUUCUUGACUGGCAUUAUUAUAUCGAGCGGCUUGGUUCCGCUAUUCAAAAAAUCAUCACCAUUCCAGCCGCUCUACAGCAGGUCCGGAAUCCAGUUCCACGAGUAUCCCAUCCACCGUGGCUUCAUAAAAGGCUCCUUGAAAAGGAUGACGUACUUAAGCAAAAGCGGAUCAACGAAAUGUUUCAAACAAAGGAAAAGGACAUAGAAGAUCUUUGUAGCCCGGGCACGUCAUCUGAAACUCGCCCAGUGGUUGCUACAGUAACGCGCAAAAGGGCCAGAGACGAGGAUAAUAUCGAGAAUAUCGGUCGUCAUUGGAGGGAGGUGUUAGGGAACCCACCCCCGACGGGAAGCACGAAUGAAGAGCUCGCCAAAUGGAUCGAUUUCCACAAGCGCAAGUGGACUUACCAAAAAAAUCAGAGGGACCAACUAAAGAAGCUUACUAAACGUGUUGCCCGUGCAUCUGCUAUACCGACAUCACCCACGGCCACUCAAGUGGCUAAGCGGACCAGACUUGGUGGCACUAAUGGCGCAGGUAUCAACACACUUGGGAAUUUCCUACGUAAGGCUCAACAGACACUCCUCAACUCACCCUGGCAAGUGAUUCAGGUUUGCGAAACAGGCCGUCCAGGGAUCUUCAAGCUUUGGGUGCUACUAGGUUCUUUGGAGCUGCGGCAGAUACGCCUUGUUGUACCCCGCAUCUUCUAUGUCAAUCAACGUUACCCGAAAGAUAACGAAGAAUCUCCGAUUUAUCGGAAGGUAAUGCGUCAUUUACCACGUGCGCAUCAAGUAGCUCAUCUGUAUGAGUACGCGAUUGAUGAAGGGGUGUACAUUCACAAUAACGACGAUAUCGCUGCGGAGCUCGCAAAUCCGUAUAUCGAGGGGAUAUACGAGACACAAGUGCCUCUUGAUUUCCGACUUAUUGUUACGCUCGGCUGUGUGACGAAGCUUAACAAGCAGUAUUACAGGCACUAUGUUGGGGAGUCGAACGAUACUUUCGACAUGCGUCAUUUAGAAAUGUGCACCCUAGCACAAGUGGAUUAUCUCGAAGGGCAAUGCAUGAAAUACGUAUUUUUGUAUCAACAUCGGGAGGCGCAAAAGCAACUCUUGGCUCUAUUCAUUCCCGUGACAAAACGUGCCUGGCUUUUUACAGUGGAUACUGUGAAAACGAAUCAAAUACCUAAUUUGACCAAUAUGUAUAAUCAAGAAAGAGCAGCCAAGAUCGAUCGCGGUACUGCUGAAAAUGCGAUUUCAGGACCCGACUACACGUUUGAGUCUUCAGCAGAAUCUGAUGUUCGUGUAGUUUAUAAGGCAAUUCAGCGUCAACUACAGCUGUACCUUACUGAAAAACGAGGACCUACACUCCUUGCCGUACAAAGCGCCCUUGAUGCGGCAGAUCUGGCAGUGCUUAUGCCGCAAACUAGCGAGUUUCCUAUGGUGCGACUUCACGUUCGAGAUAGCGUAAAGAUGUUUGAUCAUCUGCAGUGGCAACGACUGGGGAGUAAGGCUGCCAUCAAACAUUUCCUCAAUGUUGAGCCCGCCCUUCAUGGCCAGCUCGAACAAUGCCGCUACCUACAUGUGCCGAUCGGCAAUCUGCCAGCGGAUGCAACCAAAUUCGGCUGCGAUAUUUUCUACGCACGAAAUUUGCUCAAGCAGAAUUUUGUUUGGUGGUGUUCAAACACUGACCGUCCUGAUCUCGGAGGGAAAGAGGCCGAUGAUAAUCGCAGCCUCGAGCAUGAACUUCAUCUUGAGGCGAAUCAUGAAGGAGCGUACACAAGUGCUUGUGUUGAAUUGGAAUUGCAUGGAUUAUUCGUGACAACCAUACUUCAGGCGCAUACCCUUGCCGAACUUGAGGGUAUCUGCAGCAACAUUGCCUUUGACGCCGUACAAGUGCAGAGCGUUCAGGAUAUGGUUCAAGGAGGCACGGAAGCUGGACACACCGUGUCUGGUUAUGACGAAUCAUCGCAAUGUGCAGGUGCAUUUCGAAUUCUUCGUCAGAUGGUUUCUGCCUUCAUGAAAGAUGUGGCGGUUUACAAAAACGUCUUUGCAGAUCAGCAGCUGCUGCAUCUGUUCCGGUGGCUGAAGGAUCCACAUUCACUGCUGUAUGAACCCUCAUUGAAGCGUAUUGUCGAUAAUUUUAUAGGAAAAAUGUUCCACCAGCUUGUUGCCGAGUUUCAUCGCCUUGGAGCCAAGGUGGUUUAUGCCAACUGUUCUCGAGUUAUCGUCUGUACUAAACGCCGAAGCAUCGAAGACGCUCUGUCCUAUGUCGAUUUUGUUAUUAAUUCUAUGCGAAACAAGGAACUAUUUCAUAGUAUAAAUCUGACUGUAAAGCAAGUCUACAAACUGUUGCUAUGGAUGGACCCGUCUAACCACGGUGGAGUUCAAGAAACGGAAGAUUCGGAAGAUGAAGUUAGAAUGCUGUGGAACAUGAGCAAGUUCUUGUCGACACCCUCGCUCGAAGAGAGCUUCAAUAUGAUGGUUGGGGGAUAUAUUAAUGCUUUAUAUCAACAUCUGCACGGUCAGGAGCCCGGGUCGAUGGAUAAUGCCCAAGAAACCAUGAAGUUCGUUGACGCGCUGAUUAAGGACGAAUUUGCACAGAGUCUAAUGAGCUUGACGAAAAAGCUGCACGACAAGUACCCGACAGGAGAGUUUCCUAGAAAUGCUAUGAUGAGACCCACCAUUUCGCGAGUGUAUUCGCCGUCACUUGAAUUUGUAAAGAUGGUGACCCGAGCGCUGUCAAUCGACUCCAAUAUUUCUGAAUACAUCAACAAUAAGCUGAAAAGAGAUCUACUAAAACUUUGCGGCGUCGGAGCCUUUUCAGAAAUCGCUCAGUGGAAUGAUCCCUGCCUUUCAUUUACCCUCUCUCAGGUAAUUUGCACCCAUUGCAAUAAUGUCCGCGAUAUCGACCUUUGUCGUGACGCCUUCAUGGCAGAAGGCGAAUGGUACUGUCCGAUGUGUGAAGCCAACUAUGAAAAAAGUUACAUUGAAAGUCUUCUCGUCGACUCACUUCAGGCGAUAGCAACCGCUGAAGUUUUGCAGGAUGUACAAUGUACUAAGUGCAACAUGAUCAAGGAAAACAAUAUGAGUCGUCAUUGUGAAUGCGCAGGCUAUUACAAAAACCUCAAUGAUACCACAAAGGUCUGCGAAAAGUUAAACACCUUCGUGGUAAUGGCCAAGACAUUCAAAAUGGAUGUUCUUCUGGAAGCCGUCGAAUGGAUGUGCGCUAUGAACUAGGAAAAAAUAUAUAUUUGGUCGAAACAACACUACGAGUUAUGCAGAUCACCUUACAAACAGCAAUAGCUAAGAUACCUUAUCCGAGAAAAAACUUCUCGGAGCUUUGCCCUCUGACAGCCCGCCCGCACGUAAUGUAAAAAAUAUGUGAUUUCAGGCUGAAUGUAGGUGGUG